AUGGCAGGCCUCUUGGACAGCUCGAGCGGCCUGUGGACCGUGCUCGGGCAGGCCUCGAACGUGGCGCAGCUGGUCGGCGUCGACGCGCUCGGGCUGGUGUCCAUGGUCGUGCAGGCCGCGUUGGCUGCGCGCCGCCACCGCGACGCGUGCCGGCGCCUGGCGCAGCACGUGGAGGUCGUCGGCGGCCUGCUGCAGGAGCUGGAGGUCGCCGAGCUGAUGCGGCGGGAGGUCACGCGGCGGCCGCUCGAGCAGCUCCAGGGCGCACUGCGACGGUGCUACGCGCUCGUCACGGCGUGCCAGGACUGCGGGUACCUCCGCAGCCUGUUCCUCGGCGCCCGGAUGGCCGACGAGCUCCGCGCUGCGGAGAAGGAGAUCGACAUGUUCAUCCGCUUAGUCCCACUUAUCGCCCUCGUCGACAGUACGCAUGAUCGCAAUGCCAAGCAGACUGCCGAGGGAGAACCAGGUCUAAUCACGAAUGGUUCAAACCAUCAUGUCAGGUUUCCAAGAAGUGUUUCGGACUUCACCAAAAUACAGAUUCAAGGACCUACUCAAGUUUGCAGUGUUGCAAAACAACCAUUAUCAGGAGCACUGGACUUUAGAGAACAGAAAAGUCUGAACAUUGAAGAACUGUUGGAGCUUUGCAUCCGUACUCAAGAGAGUUGCUCAGGAUUCAGAAGGUUUGAAUUCUUCCAGAUUAUUGAUGCUACAGACAAUUUCUCAGAAAGUAGAAACAUCGGGUGGGGUGGUUUUGCUACAGUUUACAAGGGUCAGUUGCCUGAUGGAUCCAUGAUUGCCAUCAAAAGGAUGGAUGAACAUGCUACAGUGUUUGAUUUCAGCAGUGAAUUUCUGCUUGCGAGGCUUCAGCAUACCAAUCUAGUUAGGCUAUUGGGGUGGUGCAUCCAUGGGAAAGAAAGAAUUCUGGUGUAUGAGCUCAUGCACAAAGGUGGCCUGCACCAAUGCAUCUUUGACAAAGUAAAGGGGCCAUUGCUUGACUGGUCUAAGCGACUUAAUAUAAUUAAAGGAUUAGCAGAGGGACUUGUUUACUUACACAAGCACUCCAAGUUUUGCAUUGUCCAUAGGGACCUGAAACCCGAAAAUGUACUCCUGGAUCAUGGCAUGAACCCAAAGAUUUCAGAUUUCGGAUCAGCUGUAACUCUGAGUUCAGAUGCAUCAGAAGGGCAUACAAGUAGGGUUGUGGGAACUUGUGGUUACAAAGCUCCAGAGUAUGCAUCUCGAGGCAUUUAUUCAGUCAGGUCUGAUGUUUUUAGCUUUGGGGUGUUGGCUUUAGUGGUCAUCAGUGGGCGAAAGAAUAUCAUACUGGAGCAUCAAGGAGACACUGUUGGUAACCUCGUAAGAGAUGCAUGGCAGUUGUGGCAUGAUGGAAGGCUACAUGAGCUUGUAGAUCCAAUAUUAGGUGAUGGAUUUGAACUUGCUGAGGUAAAGCAGUACGCUCAGGUGGCACUACUCUGCACUCAGGAAGAUCCAGCAGAUCGCCCCACCAUGUCAGACGUUACUGCACUCCUAAACUUUGAAAGCAUAAGCCUAUUGCCGGAUCCUAAGCAGCCAUCUGAGCUGAACAAUGGUGGUGCUACUGGUGACAAAUUAUCGACGUAUGUUCAUCAAUCAAGUAGAACCAUAAACAUAACCAUCACAAGCUCAGCUCCAGUAUCAACUAGGGUCUGCAUCAUUGUGGAGCCAGAGACUUGA